CUCAGUGGGUUUGAUGUCGUUUUUCGCCAAAAUGAGUAGUGGUAAUAAUGCACAUAAACAAAACAAACUCAACAGUACCAAAUUAAAUUGAAAUUAAGUGAUUGAGAGAAAUUAUAUUAAAAUAUUCGAUGGAGGCAUUGCUGUUACCGAUUUUGGCAGAACAAGAACAAAUCGACUUGCUGCGCCAACACCGGAAAAACCUCCGUUUUUCAUCCGAUCCAAUGCAACUUUCAGAUGAUUCGUUCAUUAAAAGCUUUCGUUUAAGCAAAGAAGCAUUCAGGUACGUAUUGACUGAAAUUCAAGAUGAAUUUCCUUACGCCAGAAAGAGCAGUCUAUCUGCACAGGAGAAGUUGGCGGCAUGUUUAAGGUUUUUCGCUGAAGGAAAUUACCAGUAUGGAGCGGGGCAAGAUUUUCACGUUGCGAUUGCUCAACCAACAUUUUCAAAAGUAUUGACUGAUAUGCUUGGAAUUUUGGAACGAAAACUAUGCCCAAAGUGGAUAUCCCUGGAAAUGUCUCCAGAGGAACAGCGGCGGGCAAAACUAAACUUUUAUAGGAAAUCAGGGAUUCCAGGAGUAAUAAUGUGUGUGGAUGGGACACAUAUUAGAAUCAUCCCACCUUCGCAAGAUCGCAAUUUAUUUUAUAAUCGGAAGGGUUUCUACAGCCUAAAUGUGCUAAUAGUUUGUGACGAUCAGCAAAGAAUUCGUUUCGUCGAUUCGAGCUUCCAGGGAUCUAACCAUGACUCUCAUAUAUGGCGAGUAAGUUCAGCUCGAGCUUUCUUUGAGCACCAACAUAGAAACGGUGACGUGAACACCAAGAUUCUAGGUGAUGCUGGUUACCCAUCAGAACCUUGGCUUGUAGCGCCAUUCAGAGCUGCUGAAGAAGGAAGUGCAGAAAGUGAUUUCAACCAGAGACAUGCAUUAGGACGAGGUAUAAUAGAAAGGUCUAUCGGUGUACUCAAAAACCGAUUCAGAUGUAUCCUCGGCGCAAGGCAACUACAUUAUGUCCCAAAGAAGGCUGCGCAAAUAAUAAAUGUAUGUUGUGCACUGCACAAUAUAUGUUUAGAAUAUGAUUGCUGUCAGUAGUUAGAGAAUGUAUCAAUCGU